CCUACGCUACAAACCUCUUCCAAACGAAAUAAAUGAGUUAUUCCUCAGGAAAUCAAUAGGCCUAAGAGCUUGCAUUUUGACUUGUAAAUUCAAGCUGGCCUAUUGACGCUGUUGUUACAGCAAGGUAAUGUGCAUAUUUUCAUGUACGGUUGCAUUCACACUGUAGAGCUCCGUCCUAUGGAGGGUUGGAUUUGCGUGAGUGGGGCUGGAUCUAGCGCAGGCAGCCUCGGUGCGGUGAUACAGCUCGCAGAGCGGCUGUGCGGAAGUUCUUUCAUCCGUGUAGCAGAAGGGGCUUCGCCCUCGCGAUUAUUCUCGACUCAACUUCAUGCUUAGAUAAAGACAAAAACGGCGGAACUUCUAAACCAGUGCUCUACAACUUAACUUUUUGUUCAUUAAUUGGCAGCACCCUUUGUUUUCGGGUGAUGGCGAGGCCAAGUCACAGUGAGCAUGUCCUGCAGCAGCUCAACAACCAGCGUGAAUGGGGUUUCCUUUGUGACUGCUGUAUCACUAUUGGUGAUAUAUAUUUCCGGGCCCACAAAGCUGUGCUGGCUGCCUGUAGCUCCUAUUUCCGAAUGUUGUUCAUCCGGGACCAGCAGGCCACGGCCCGUUUAGACCUCAGCAACAUGCAGAUCAGCGCAGAGUGCUUCGACCUCAUCUUGCAGCUCAUGUAUCUUGGCCGCAUCAUGGUGGGCCAUUACGAGUUUGAGGAGCUCAAGGCCUCCAUGGCUUACCUACAGAUGUAUUACAUACCAGACUCUCUGGAGGAUCUGCGAGACAUCCGCUCCUCAAACCUCACCCCGUCAUCCUGCGCCUCAUCUUCAUCUUCGUCCAGCUCAUCUUCAUCUUCAAGCGUGGUGGGAGGCAAGAUGAUAUUCGGUGUCCGUAUGUUUGAUCAGAACAAACCCAAUGCAGCAGAGCCUGAGACUCCAUCCAAGGUUCCUGCCGUCCCUACGAGACAGAGCCUGAAUGUGUCGACCGUUAGGCCGGUGGAAGACGUGGUCCUACCCCUGGCUCCAGUGCCUUCAGAGAGUGGCAUGAACGAGCAGCCAUGUGACCUGCGAAAGAGAGGCUCCGGCAGGAGCGCCACCCUGAAGGAGCGGCCUCGGUUCGGGCGAACCUACACCUGUGAUGACUGCGGCUUCGUCUUCAGCUGUGAAAAGCUGCUUAUCGAGCAUAUUCUCACCUGCACCAACCGCAAAGCCUUCCAGCCUCCCAGGGUCAAUGCCGAGGUGGAUAAUGAUUCCAACAAAGCAGAAAGCUCCGCUUCAGAGGGAGCAGAGGAGCAUAGAAUGAUGUGCAAAGGAGAGGAUGACUGGCCAGACCAAAAGUCUGAUUCAGAAAGUGUGAUCAGGUCAGUGGGAACAGGGACAGACAACGAAGCUACCCCCUGCCAGAAUGUAACAAUCAAAGUGGAACAAGAAGACGACUCCGAGGCCGAGAUGGAAAACAUCAAAGUGAUCAAAGUGGGGAAUCACAGCAUCAAAGGCUGCAGCGUACGCCUUGGAUCUUACAAAGACAUAGCCAGAGACCAGAAACGCUUUGACAAAGAAGAAGCUGGUGUUUCCGCCAUGGAAGAUGUCACAGAAGGCUCUCUAGUCAGUAGUGAUGAGUCUGGUGCUUCAGGUUCAAAGGUCGUCAGGAUUAAGGAGGAGAAACAGGACGAGGAAUCGGCACCCUGCGAGCUUUGUGGGGCUUUGCUGACAGAAGAGGAACAGUCGGCCCACUAUAUCUCCAACCACAUGGGCCACAUCUGUGCGUGCGGCAGGUGUGGCCAGGUAUUGAUCAAAGGCCGCCAGCUGCAGGAGCACGCCGAGCGCUGCGGAGAGCCCCAGAGUGUUGACCUUGACUCGCCCGAGGAAGACUCCCCUCUUCCAGAAGAUGCACAGGCAAUGGAGGAGGGUCUUUUGGAGGGCUACCGCUGCCCUCUCUGUGGCCUUGUCUUUGAGAGCGAGAAUCUGGCUGUGGAGCACACAUUGGUGUGCCCAGAGCAAGAACCUUUCCGUCCCUCCCUGCUUGACGACGGGGGCGAGCUUGACCAUCGACGUAAACACUUUUGUGCCAUUUGCGGGAAGGGUUUCUAUCAGCGGUGCCACUUGCGAGAGCAUUACACGGUGCACACCAAGGAGAAGCAGUUCACCUGCCAGACGUGCGGAAAACAGUUCCUUCGUGAGCGCCAACUGCGGCUCCACACCGACAUGCACAAGGGCAUGGCGCGCUAUGUCUGCCCAGUCUGUGACCAGGGCACCUUCCUGAAGCACGACCACGUCCGUCACAUGAUCUCACACUUGUCAGCAGGUGAGACCAUCUGCCAGGUGUGCUUCCAAAUUUUUCCCAGCGGAGAUCACCUGGAGAAACACAUGGAUGUGCACCUGUAUAUUUGUGGGGUUUGUGGGGAGAAGUUCCGUCUCCGCAAGGACAUGCGGAGUCAUUAUAACUCGAAACACACCAAGAGACAGUGAAAGGCUACCACAAUGUGUAGAUUGUAUUAUAUGAAAAAUGAAAAAGCGAAACAAAAGAAACAAGCCAUACUGUAAAUGUGAGAAUCAAUCUAUGCACUUAUUACACCAAAAAUAACCUAUUCAACAAGCACUUUCAAAUGGUAUACAUAGUCUAAAUGUGUUUGAGGUUUUUUUCCCUGAGGGAUAUAGUGUCUCAGGCUUACAAAAUGGGUUUAAGGCCUUUUUUCUACCUAGCAAGUACUGUAUGUGCACGAUUAGAUUGAUGGAAGACAUGCAUAUAAGUUUCAGGCAGGUCACACAGAGUAUGUCAAGCACCUUGUGUUUUUUUCAAGUUAGGGUUUUCAAAGGUUUUGUAAAAACAUGUUCAAUUUCUAUGGUUUUCCUUCAUGGACAUUUCUUUUCUCUGUGGCCAACAUAUGAAAUCUCUGGUAAUAUUGAUGUCAUUAUAGAUCACUCUUGCUAUUUGGUGCUUGUCUUUUUAGCAGUAAGGUGUCAGGUGUUGAGACGUCUUUUCUGGUGUUGUGAUGUCAUGGUUAACCUAACAGGUACAUUUAGCUAUAGCUGUUUCAGGUACUGAGGGACUCCAGUAAAGUUGCAUUACAAGGUACAGGCACUAAAUGUAACACACCAAAACACUAGUGUGGUUGACUUUGAGUAGGCCAAACUAUGGAGAUGCUCUACUAAACUGUUCUCCACCAAUUACUGUUUUCUUUCAUAUCCAUCAUAUGCACCAGGAACGUUGAUUUUUUUUUUCAACACAAUUUGAAUUUUUAUAUUUUAACUAUGCAAGUGUAGAUCAUAACAAAUGAAACUGUUACAUAUUUGGUCUUUCACAUUGCUGUUUUCAGAUGUCUUUCUGAAACAACCUUUACCAGGGAUAGAAACAGGUGCAUUGAUGAAUGGUUAACAUACAUUUGAUCCCAUAGGAGCACUUUUUAGCAUGUUUGGUAUUUUAAACAAAAGACAAUCUCAGUUGCCUCUUCUAUGUCUUAACUUUUGAAUGUUUGUGUAAUGCAGGAUACUUGGGAAGUUAUUUUUUAUAUAUAUUUUAUUUGAAAUCUGUUUCAAUCUGUGCUUUUCUUUUCAUUAAGCUUUAAUGAGUGCAAAACAUUUACUGCAGUGUGUCUUUUCAUGUCCAUAUUAAACAGCCUGUCUUGCUAUUCAAACUACCAGUGAAAGAGCUGCAAAAAACAAUACUAUUUAAUCUACAUCUAUUCAAAAAAUAAGACAUUUCAGUCAGACCUCAAGAAUAGGAAGCUUGUCUAUUCAGAAUAUGACAUUCACAUAUUCUAAUCUGAUUAGAUGUUUAUACGGGUUUAGGUCUACCCUCAGAGAGUCAGGUGCAAUGGAUUAUUACUGUCAGGACAAUAUAACAUCCUGUUUUGAUGCUAUUUUUUCAUCAUAACUACAUAAUUGCAGCCGGUUCUCUGUAUUUAAGCACACACUCUCCAUUAGAAGUAAUAGUUCAGAAACUAAGCCAGGGAUCAAACUAGAAAAGGUCCUUGUAGAUCAGUAUAUACAGUAUGCUCCAGUGCUGUUCAAGUUGAAAUGCAGUGUGAUGUCAAACAUUGAACAUAUUUUUUGUCUGUAAGGCUUGACAGCAGUGCCUGGAGUAUAACAAAUGUUAUGGCUGUCCAGACCUCAAUAUUUUUUUGUGUUUUGAGUUCUCACAUCUAUAGCUCUACAGCUGCACCCUGCUAUGGGGGUAUACAUGUUAACUAUAUUAGUGUCAGCCAAUUCCAUGUACAUACCUUUUUCAAAGUGGGUUGUUCCAGUUUGUUUCAAGUUUUUUUUUCUUCAAGCAAUCCCUGGACAUUUAAGUUUUUGGACAAUUUACCAAACACUUCAGUCAUUUAUAGAGAACUCAGGGUUUAGCGGUUUCUAUAGGGAGCACCACAAUGAGAUAUUUUUAAGUCUUGACCACAAAUGAGUGUCUGGUCUAAAUUCAAAGUAGGAUUAUCAAAACAAUCAGGUUCCACCUAAAACAUAUAUGGUUCAGAGAAGAGUUUGUCCAUACAAACUAACAAAAAAAAUAAUCCAUGUCUUUGUAGGAUAUUGUUUAAGCUCAUGCCAUUUGAAAGUUAGUCAAAGAAAAUAGGUAUGGAUAUUUCUGUUGCCAAGACAAUGUAAACAUCUAGUGUUUACAGUGGCAAAUGGUGCCGACAUACCAUAGGCCUACGGUAUAGCUGUGUGGUGAGAGUGUAAUUUAACAGGGUGUAUGGAGGAUUUGAGAAGUCUCACACAUGUAUACAUUGCAAUGUUGAUGUCUUGUUUUAUGAGUCAUUUUCCAUUUUUUACAUCAUGUAACUUCAAAUGGAUGUGAGUUAUGCAUAAUGAUAGGUGUAAGGAUGGUCAAGUGUCAUUUGCUCUAACAACGUGGAAGAUGUCUGUUAAUGUUUACCUUUCGAUAAAGCUUUGUUUUUCAAGCUAUAAAAUAAAGAAAUGUGGAAUAUA